AUCACUUGAGCCUUGGGAACUCAAUUAUCGAGUAUUUACCAGCCACAAAAAGGUCAAUCUGUUCAAUUCAUUUGGCCACACUUGAAAAAAAAAGAGAAACAUUGAAGAAAGAAAGAAAAAAGAAAAAAAAAGAAGCAAGGGUUGCACUGCGCUAAGAGGGUCUCAAAAAAGAAGAAGAAAAAAAAAAGAAAAAAAGGAAAGAGCUGCCCCGCCAUUAUCAAGCUCCCCAGUUUUUCCGCCGCUGCGAAUUUUACAUCUUGUAAGGGAAUUUCUGAGACCAUGUCCACUCAAGAAAGCUCUUAUGCGCCAAAGUCGCCCGACCUCUCAUCUUUCUAUUCCAGCACAACUUCCGACAUUCCCCAGGCCACCAACACUGCAAGUGGUUAUCCCUUUCAAGCUGGACUCGGGGUUGGAGCUGGACCCAACACUCCUUUAAGAUACAACCAGCCACAGCCCCACCACAGCCAAUAUCGACCGCUUUCACUGCCAUCUGCACAACCUACCAGUGCUCCUGCAUUCGGUAACAACAGCAACACCGCUUUCAACACCUUUCUGCACCAAGGCGGUGGAAGCAGUGGCCCAUACGAAGAACAAUACGAACAAUACAACCGUUCCCAACAAGGAACACAAUUGAUUCAUCACAACCAACCUCCUUAUACAUUACAAGCCCCGACCGCCCCAACGUCCUUUCAAUCGUCUUUUCCCGAGUCUAUUCCGAUUCCAUACCAAACUCAAUUACACGCACAAGCACAAGCAGAAGCACAAAAACGAGCGCUGGCACAGUCACAGCCUUUUCCUCCUAAACCUCGCUCGCCUCCCAGCAACGAACAAGUUUCCCUUUCGGGUCCCCAAAAAGCGAUGCCGCCCCGAAAGAUUGCACCAGCUGCCAAGCAGGAUGAGGUCGAGCCUUCACCGGUUAAGACGAAGUUUCCCACGGCGCGCAUCAAGCGCAUAAUGCAGGCCGACGAGGAGGUAGGAAAGGUUGCCCAGCAAACACCCAUCGCGGUUGGCAAAGCAUUAGAACUCUUCAUGGUGCAGCUCGUCCGUAAGAGCGCCGAGGUGGCCAAGGAGAGAAGCUCCAAGCGGAUCACGGCGCCCAUGUUGAAGCAGGCAAUUGACUCAGCUAACGAAUGGGACUUCCUACAAGACAUUGUUGCCAAGGUGGGCGAAGAGAAAGAGUGUGGAAAGAGUAGUGGCAGACCCAAGGCCGAGAGCGAUAGUGACGAGGAGGCCGAUGUAGGUGAAGUCAAGAAGAAGAGUCGAGGUGGCCGUAAGAAGAAAGUACCGGCAUAAAUGUUGUCUAUACCAUAAUAUCUUCUACGUUCACCUACCUAACUACACUUCUUUUUGUACGGGUAAAAUGACGGUGAUGAGUCAUGAUGAAUGAUUUAGGCCGCUGGCGUUAACACCCAAAGGGGGGGAGCAUAUACUGGCGUUGGAGGUUCAGGGAAAUUACCCUACGCUAUGAUGGA